GGAGAAGUCAAAGGUUGGGAUUUGUUGAACCUAUAUACUUCCGUCUACUUUCCUCCCUUGUUGAUAGUGCUUGUUGUCUCAGUAUCUUCUUUAUUUCGUUUUCUACUUUGUUUCUCUCGUCUCAUCCCUUUUCAUCAAUCCAUCUCAUUUGCGGCUCUCCAGUUCGCUCUAGGUACCGUUUCUCGCCAGGAUGAAGGCUUCAGUAAUGAGCACGGCUCUUGCAGCCCUCACCUUCCUCCCCUCCCUCAGCACGUGCACUCCUAUCGCAAGCCCCAGCUCAGUAGCCAUCUCCAAGCUUACCCCAUCCCUCCCCCUAACAGUCAGUGUUGUGAAAACCUUUGGCUUCCCCUCCUGGUGCGAGAACUUCGCCAUCAGAUCCAACGGCAACCUUCUCGUCUCCCGUCUUGAUACCCCUGAGGUCCUCCUCGUCUCCCCCACAAACGCAUUCGACCCUAUCACCGUCACCACCUUCAACGCCACUACUUACAAAGGGGCCCUCGGUAUCUCCGAAACCACAAAAGAUGUCUUCUACGUCAUCACCUCCGCCCAAGUCGACGACUCCUUCGUCAAAACCAGCGGCGUAAACUCCAUCUGGAAAAUCAACAUGAACACCUUUGCUCAAAGCAACGGAACCAUCACCUCUCCGGCCACCGUGACCAAAAUCGUCGAUAUCCCCGGUGCCGAUUUCCUCAACGGAAUGACCACAUUGGACGAUCAAAAUGUUCUUGUAGGAGAUAUCUACAACGGCUGGGUCUACAAAGUCUGCGUCACCACCGGCGCCUACUCCAUCGUCGUCAACGAUCCCAAGAUGAAGAUUCCCGCUGGCGCCUCCACCAAUCUCGGCGUCAACGGUAUCAAAAUCUCUAAUUCCUAUCUCUACUGGACCAACACCGCCGUGGGUACUCUUAACAAAAUCAAGAUUGCAAGCGACGGAACGCCAAUUGGCUCCAGCUCCGUCGUCGUAAGCAAUGUUCCCAAAGCAGACGAUUUUAUUUUCAAGAGCGACGGAACCAUCUGGGUUGCGCAAAACCAAAUGGAUGAAUUGAGCUACAUUCCCGUGGGAGCUACUCAAGCUACUCUAGUCGCUGGAAGCAAUAUUUCAACUACUUUGGCCGGUGUCACUUCUGGUCAUUUUGGAAGAACAGCCAAAGAUGCUAAUAUCUUAUAUCUGGCUACUAGUGGUGGAUUGGCAUUACCCAUCAACGGAACCGUAGUCGUAGCAGGAAGUAUCGUCAAGAUCGACACCACUGGGUUCUAGCAGUAAACGCCCGGGAGUGAAGAUGAUGAGUGUGAUGCAGAUAUGGAAGAGUAAAUUCAAAGAAUAGAAUGGCAUGAAUCCAUGUUUGAUACUGAUUUGGAGUUGAUGUACGUGUAUUUAUGUGAAAUUAUAGAGAAUAAUAACAUCUUCA